UUGCAGGGCAGGGUCGAGUGAACCAGCUGGGCGGCGUCUUCAUCAACGGCCGCCCCCUGCCGAACCACAUCAGGCUGAAGAUCGUGGAGAUGGCCGCCUCCGGGAUCAGGCCCUGCGUCAUCUCCAGGCAGCUGAGGGUCAGCCACGGCUGCGUCUCCAAGAUCCUCAACAGGUACCAGGAGACCGGCAGCAUCCGACCUGGAGUCAUCGGAGGGAGCAAGCCCAGGGUGGCCACUCCCGACGUCGAGCGGAGGAUAGAGCAGUACAAGAGGGAGUCCCCCGGGAUCUUCUCCUGGGAGAUCAGGGACCGCCUCAUAAAGGAAGGGGUCUGCGACAAGAACACAGCGCCAUCUGUGAGCUCCAUAUCCAGGCUGCUCAGGGGCGGCAGGAGGGACGACUCCGAUCUCAGGAAGAACCACUCCAUCGAUGGAAUCUUAGGAGCUAGUUCUGGAGAAGAGAGCGAUACAGAAUCCGAGCCCGGUAUUCCGCUGAAGAGGAAGCAGCGAAGGUCCAGGACGACGUUCACAGGAGACCAACUGGAAGAGCUGGAGCGAGCCUUCCAGAGGACCCAGUACCCGGACGUGUACACCAGAGAAGAGCUCGCGCAGAAGACUAAGCUGACGGAGGCUCGAGUCCAGGUCUGGUUCAGCAACAGGAGAGCAAGGCUGAGGAAGCAACUCAACAGCCAGCAGUUGUCCGCCUUCAACUCCAUGUCCCUCCAGAGCGCAUACCACCACCACCCUGCGGCGCAGUACCAUCCCGAUCCCGCCGCAGCAACCAACUUCACAGCCCAAGGUCAGGCCGUGGGCUGGAUGGGGCAGCAGGCCAGCAGUGGCUACUACAGCUCCAGCGGUGCGGCCCCGGGGUACAGUCCCGAGGGGUACCAAGCACAGUGUGCACAGGCCUGGAGGCCGCAGGUCAAGACCGCAGACCCCUGGCCCGACACAUAUAGCUUCUUCACCGGGUGCAGCGGGGGGCAGGGUUACCCCACGGCCAGCGCCGGCCACUCGCCCGCGGAAGCCAAGUCCGGAUACCCCUACCUGGGCACGCUCGGCGCGGUGGAAGCAGGUCUGUGCGGGAGGGCGCACUGAUAACCAGCGCCAUCUUUAUAUAUAUAUUUAUCUUCAUUGUAUAUUUAUUUAAUUAUUUAAUUUUAAAAUGUAAAAAAAAAAAAUUGCAAUUAUUUAGUGCAAUGUAAUGCACUCUUUAGUAAAAUUAGUAAUUUAAUAACACAGCCUAUAUACAAAAAAAAAAUUGAAAAUAACACUACCUGAUUUUUAAAAUUUGUGGCCUUAUAAAUUGAAAACAUAUUAGAAAUAUUUUUAAAUAAAAUUAUGAACUUUAACACUAAAAAAAUUUCGAAAUAUUUUUUGUAUGAUCAACCUAUAUAUUUAACUAAGAUACUAAUGGUAUUAGAUGCCAUACCAUAUUUAUUUCUGAAUUGAAAAGGCAUUAAGUUGUAAACUUUUUUUUUUUUUUAGAACUUAUUUAUUGAGAAAUAUUACAAUCUGUCACAAUCAAGGACAUUUAUAAUAGUGUUCAUAGAGCACAUUCAAACUCUGUAAACAUAGGAGUAUUUUAAGGUUAUUUAUAACUAUUUUCAGAAAUUUAAGCUUCAGAUUAUAAAAAAAUAUUAUUAAAAAUAUAAUAUGUGGCCUUAAAAUAUACAUAAAUUAAACUAAAUAUACUUAUUUUUCGUAAAAUGAAGUUUAUAAUAUUUUUUAAAAACUAUUGUAUUUCACAAAAAUGAAAUUUUUAUAUUUAAAAGAAAUUGAAUUGUAAACAUGCCUAUAUUUAAGCAGCAUUUAAUAUUUUUUAAAAUAUUGUUAAGGUGAAAUGGUAAACUUCCUAAUUUUAAAAACUGAUAAAAAAAAUCAGCAAUUGAUGUCACUUAUUAAUAAUAUUAAGUUUGUGGCCUUAGUAAGUAAAUUUAGUACUUACUAGUAAGAAAUGUGAAUAAACUGCUAACAAAGCGCAAGUUUCUAAAUUCAUCGAUGGAAAACAUCGGUAGAAAUUCCGUCGGAGAUUUGGGUUGAUGGAUCCGCUUGAUGUACCUUAUUAUAACCUCAUCAAUAUUAUAUCUCAAUUUUUUAUAUUAUAUAUUUAUUAUAUUCGGUCUAAUUUAUACUUUUUAUUAAAUAAAAGCAUUAAUCAAUCAAUGAAUUCCAUCUAUGGAAUUGGUGCUGAGUUUAGAAACUUGCCUCAACUGCUAUGAAGGGUUUAAAGUAAAAUAGAAAAAUGAGAAAAACAAAAUAAUAAACGUACCAUAAAUAUUCAACAUGUGUGAUAAGUUUAUGUUAAUAUAUCAACUUUGUCCAUUGUUAAAACGAAAUAAAAUUUGUAAUAUUCGUACUAUUAGUACAGAAGGUCGCAUGUAAAACUUUUAUAUGUUUGUUCUGUUUGCGCGAAAGUUGCCAUUUUGUAUUUCACAACUAGUGUUGCCCAAAUGCGAGACCGAGAGGAGUCUUGGUCUUACAAACUCAGUCUUGACAUGGUCUUGGUCUUCCGCUAGAGUCUCGCAACAGUCUUGCAGUUACUUAUUAGCUUAUUACUAUAGAGAUAUUACUGUAGUUUUUUAAAUAUGAAAAACCUAACUAAGCCCGAAUGAAAAAUUAGAAGAGUUAAAUGAAAAAGUAUAUUGGUUAUACCAAUUAUUAACAUAUAGUAAAUAAAAUUGUCGACUAUUAGUAACUAUUUUGCCUUAAUUUUUAUUUAAAAAAUAGAUUUGUUUUACCAGUCCCCUGGUCAUGGUCUUGGUCUUGUAAAGUGCAAGACCAAGACCGAUUUUGAGCAACACUAUCCACUACUGGUAUAAGUAGUCAGCUAAAUAGGAAAAUAGCAGAGGGAAAUAAAAUUAUAUUUCUAAAUUAUAAAAAAAUAUUUUUAUUUUCGGCACUUAUGUAAGACAAAUUCAAUUUUUACAUACGACCUUUUGCAUUAACAGUAGUGAUAUAUGUAUUUUUGAGAUAUCUAUCAUGCAACUAAAUUGUUGCAUUAACUUAUUUGUGGGCCAGAUAUGUUUUUAUUGUGAUAAAUAUUUUUUUUUAACUUGAAACAUAUGAAAAUAAGAAAAUUAUAAUUAUAUCAAAAGAAAAAUACGAUUUAUAUUUAUUUAUGUUAUAAUAUGUUUAUAGUAUAAGGUGUAAUAUUUCAAAAAAUGUUUUCUAAUUUCGGAUGUACCAAAAAAGAAAGCCAUUGCCUUAUAAAUAAUAUUAUAAUGAAGAUUAUACAGAAAAUAUUUAUAUUUAUUAGUAAGUUAAUACAUAUUUAUAUUGAAAUAGCCUUAAUAGCGUAGACAUAUCAAUAUUUUGAUGAUAAUCUUGAGUAAUAAUAAUACCAAUUCAAUAUUCUAUAUUUUAUAAUGCAAAAAAAUAAUGGUAGUGCCUUUUCGAUGAGCUUGACAAAUCUUUACAGCAACACACGUUGUUACGUAUUUAAUUGUUUAAAUUCGAAAGUUUUAAUAAAAAGUAGAUGUGUUAUUUUAAUAUAUAACUAAAAUUAUAUAAAUUGUGCUUUUUAAAUAAUUUGAUUUUUUUUUUCUUUCAUUAGGGCAUUUUGUAAAAUUGUAGAUAAUUUUGAGUGCACAUAUUACGAUUUGAGUCAUUUUAAGUUUAUUCUUGUUCCUUUGGGGUUAGUAUGUAGAAAUAUAUAUAUAUAUAUAUAUAUAUAUAUAUAUAUAUAUAUAUAUAUUGUGUAUAAUGUAUACGUUAUUGUAAUCAUAUAAGCCUUUCGUCCGAAAUUAUUUAUAUUGUAAAUAAAUUAAAAGUAGUUAAUAAAUAUAUGCAUGUUAUUAUUGAUAACGCUGAAUUGAUUUAUGUAAAUAUAUAUAGAAC